GACCUAGGUCUCUAAGUUUUGCACGUCCAACAUGGCGGCGGGCAAAGAGAGACGGCUCACUAAUAACUGAAAAACUACACUAUAAACUGAUAACUUCACCAAUAUGAUAAUGUGUUGAAAUGGGGAAGCGCUACUAUUGCGACUUCUGUGACCGAUCGUUCGCUGAUUCCCCUCAAAAUCGCAAAAAGCACAAUAAUGGGGUCCAACACCAGAGAAAUCGCAAGCUUCAUUACGACUCUUUCAAAGAUCCAGCAGAACUUUUGGCGGAAGAAUCCAGUAAACCUCCUUGUAAAAAGUUCUUCAGCACAGGUACCUGCGCAUUUGGCCCAAACUGCAGAUAUUCCCACACAAACCCAGAAAUGUUACUCGCAGCCCAAGCUGAAAAAGAUGCUGCAAGGCAGAGGGAUACUGGUCCAAGUGUAGAGGAUUGGAUUUCUAGGUGGAAAAAGCGGCGUAGAAUAAGAGAGGAGAAAGACAAAGUAACCACUGAGCAGGAUGAGAUGCCUGUGUACACACUACCACUGGGACUGCCUCCUGUAUACCUGCUUCCACCAUCAUUAAGACCCCCUCCCCCUGGUGGCUAUGCCCAACUCCCAGGGGUGGGGUGGGGGUAGACUUGGUAACUGUGUACACACUACCACUGGGAAAGCCUCCUGUAUAUACCUGCUUCCACCAUCAUUAAGACCCCCUCCCUUUGGUGGCAAGACUAGGAAAUUGUGUAUGACACUACUAGCAGGUCUGCCUCCUUUUUUAUCUCUUUUGGGGAUAACACCUAACUCCCAGGGGUGGAGCGAGGGUAGACUUAGUUACUUAAGUACAACACCACAGCUGGACAUCAGCAGAAAUGCCACAGGGGAACUUUUCUAUUAAAUAGACUAGCUAAUUCCCGGGGGUGACUGCUGAAUAAGGUUUUCACUGUACUCUUGUUUCACGAUGUUUUCUCAUAGCACCACUACCACAAUUGUAAAACACAAUAAAUUGCUCAAAGUAUGCUUCAAAAAAUGCUUCAAUAUCAAUGAGUUCUAAAAUAAAUUAUGCCAACCUUUUUUA